AACUGUUGUGGCUGCUGCCCCGCUGCCGCCGGGGUGCUGCUGACCGCGGAGCCCGCGGGGGCCCGUCAGGCUGGCUGCUGGCUCCACGAGGUUCUGUGCUGGUAUCCUGAGCACCGCCAGGCACUUGAGCAUCGAGCAGAAGAUGGCAGACUAUUCCAACAAACUCUACCACCAGUUAGAGCAAGAGACGGGGAUCCAGACAGGUUACAUAAGGACAGGCUCAGUCUUUCUGGCCCAAACUCAGGACCGGCUGAUCUCCCUGAAGCGCAUCAACUCAAGACUGAAUGUCAUAGGCAUCCCUUCUGAGAUCAUCUCCCCCAAGAAAGUCGCCGAACUUCACCCUCUCCUCAACGUGCACGACCUGGUGGGGGCCAUGCAUGUUCCCGAGGAUGCCGUAGUGUCCUCUGCUGAUGUGGCUCUUGCCCUGGCAAGUGCUGCCUCCCAAAAUGGUGUUCAGAUCUAUGACCGGACCAGCAUUCUUCAUGUAAUGGUCAAGAAAGGUCAGGUUACUGCUGUGGAGACAGAUAAAGGACAGAUCGAGUGCCAGUAUUUUGUCAACUGUGCUGGUCAGUGGGCAUACGAGCUGGGUCUGUCCAACGAGGAGCCGGUUAGUAUCCCGUUACAUGCCUGCGAACACUUCUACCUUCUGACUCGCCCCUUGGAGACUCCUCUGCGGAGCAACACACCAACUGUUGUGGAUGCUGAUGGAAGAAUUUUUAUCCGGAACUGGCAGGGUGGCAUCUUGUCUGGGGGCUUUGAGAAGAACCCGAAGCCAAUCUUCACUGAGGGCAAGAACCAGCUGGAGAUUCAGAAUCUGCAGGAAGACUGGGAUCACUUUGAGCCCCUGCUGAGUUCCCUCCUGCGUCGCAUGCCAGACCUGGAGACUCUGGAGAUCCUGAAGUUGGUGAACUGCCCUGAGACCUUCACCCCAGACAUGAGGUGCAUCAUGGGCGAGUCUCCUUCAGUUCAGGGCUAUUUUGUGCUGGCGGGAAUGAACUCUGCUGGCCUUUCAUUUGGUGGAGGGGCUGGAAGGUACCUCGCUGAAUGGAUGGUGCAUGGUUACCCAUCUGAAAACAUCUGGGAGCUGGACCUGAAGCGUUUUGGAGCCCUCCAGAGCAGCCGCACCUUUCUGCGCCACCGGGUCAUGGAAGUCAUGCCUCUGCUGUACGAUCUGAAGGUUCCCCGUUGGGACUUCCAGACCGGGAGGCAGUUACGCACCUCUCCUCUCUAUGACCGGCUGGAUGCACAAGGAGCCAGGUGGAUGGAGAAACAUGGAUUUGAGAGGCCGAAGUACUUUGUGCCACCGGACAAGGACCUCCUGGCAUUGGAGCAGAGCAAGACGUUCUAUAAGCCAGACUGGUUUGACAUUGUGGAGUCUGAAGUCAAGUGCUGCAAGGAAGCUGUGUGUGUCAUUGACAUGUCUUCUUUCACAAAGUUUGAAAUAACGUCCGCUGGGGACCAGGCACUGGAAGUCCUACAGUACCUCUUCUCCAACGACCUGGAUGUGCCCGUGGGCCACAUCGUGCACACCGGCAUGCUCAACCAGGCCGGGGGCUAUGAGAACGACUGCAGCAUCGCGCGCCUGGGCAAGCGCAGUUUCUUCAUGAUUUCCCCCACCGACCAGCAGGUGCACUGUUGGGCCUGGCUUAAGAAACACAUGCCGGAAGACAGCAACCUGCUUCUGGAGGAUGUCACCUGGAAAUACACUGCCCUCAAUCUGAUCGGUCCCCGAGCUGUGGAUGUGCUGUCUGAGCUGUCCUAUGCCCCUAUGACUCCAGACCACUUCCCAAGUCUGUUUUGCAAGGAGAUGAGUGUGGGCUACGCGAAUGGCAUCCGGGUGAUGAGCAUGACUCACACAGGAGAGCCGGGAUUCAUGCUUUAUAUCCCCAUAGAGUACGCCCUGCACGUGUACAACGAGGUGAUGAGUGUUGGGCAGAAAUACGGGAUCCGGAAUGCCGGCUACUAUGCUCUUCGUAGUCUGCGGAUUGAGAAGUUUUUUGCCUUCUGGGGUCAGGAUUUGAAUACCCUCACCACCCCCCUGGAAUGUGGACGAGAAUCUUGGGUGAAACUGGAAAAGGGGAUGGACUUCAUUGGCCGAGAUGCCCUGCUGCAGCAGAAGCAGAAUGGGGUGUACAAACGCCUCACCAUGUUCAUCCUGGACGAUCACGACACCGACCUGGACCUCUGGCCAUGGUGGGGAGAGCCCAUUUACCGCAACGGGCAGUAUGCGGGCAAGACCACCAGCAGUGCCUACAGCUACACCCUGGAGCGCCAUGUCUGCCUGGGCUUCGUGCACAAUUUUUCUGAGGACACUGGGGAAGAACAGGUGGUGACAGCAGAUUUCAUCAACCGGGGGGAGUAUGAGAUUGACAUCGCGGGACACCGGUUCCAGGCCAAGGCAAAGCUCUACCCGGUCACCUCGCUCUUCACCCACAAGCGCCGGAAGGAUGACGUGGAGCUCAGUGACUUGCACGGGAAGUAAUGGCCACUAGCCUCGCUUCCCCACCUGCCCACUCCCGCAGGGCUCCCCCCUCUCCGCCCCCAGCUCCUUGAUGGGAUUUUAAACUUCACCUGCUUUUAAAUCUUUUGCUUUGCAGCCUCUCUCCUCCUUCCACCUUCCCUCCUCCCUCUUGUACCUUCCCAUCUACUACUCACUCUGGGCUGUUCUUCCCACCCCACCCACCCUCAGAUUCCCGU